GGCCAGUAAGAUUUUCCGGAGCAUGAGGUGCCUGGUCGCUUAUGUCAUCCCCCCUCGACGAGAAACGCGGAACAGGCACGGGAACUAAUGGAGUAAACGACCCAAGAGAGAGAGAGAGUAGAGCUGGUCUUGUUUGGAUGGCACCACGACGUGCCCUCAGUACUCACACAUGCCCUCGAUGACGACUAUGCAACAGCGGAAAGAUGAGAUCCUGGCCAAGAAGGCGAAGCUUGCUGAGCUGAAGCGCCAGCGCGAGCUGCGGCAGAAGGAAUUCAAUCAGAAUCGGCACAGUAUCGGAGAUUCCUCAGAUAUUGUAUCCCCCGUGCCUAGCCGUUCUGACAGCAGAGCGGAACUCGACAGUUUGAUCUCCCGUCUCGUUGAUCGUCCAGGCUCUGCGUCCCUCGCGACUGGAGGAGAGGGCUCGUCACGAAGAGGAAGUCGACCCAAUUCCGUCCUCAGCGCCAGUCAGCUUAGUGGAGACAACACUGAUGUCUUGAGUCCGACUUCGCGACCGGCGACUCAAGUUACAUCUGCAGCGACGCAGACCGUCGCAACUGGUCCGAUCCCUGAGGCCACCGAAUCAGCCCCUGAAACGAAACAGGAGACCCUCACAUACAGCAAAGCUGUUCAGACAGAUGAAUGGCAACAGCCACGAAGGGAAUCGAUUGAUGGGUCGGUCGCAUCCGGGGACGACGAAUUCCAGGAGACAACACGGGCGAAUAAGAGGCUUAGCCGGAGGGAACGAGAGCGCGAUGAAGAAAUCCGUGAGAAGUUGCGCAAGGAGAUCGAAGAGGAGAUACAGGCUGCCAAACAACUCUCAGAUCCGACAGCCGCGCAGUCUUCGCAGCUGCGCUAUCCUCUGCGUACACUUACUGACGAUGAACUCAACGCUGUCACUUCGUCCGGUGACUUCUUGGAUUUCGUCGAGCGCUCUAGUAAAGUCAUAGAGCGGGCCUUAGAUGAAGAGUACGAUGUGCUGGCGGAUUACGAACUUGGUGGAAUCAAUGGCGAAGAUGAAGAGGAAGAAGAGUAUGGGAAGAAACGAAGAGGGAUCAAGGAGGUUGCUCAAUUCUGGGAUGAGCGAUGGAGCAAGAAGCGCAUGAUCAGCGACAUAAGCUUCUCCCCCAAGUUCCCAGAGCUUGUUCUGGCCGCUUAUACGAAAAACCCCACCGCCCCUCACGAGCCUGAUGGCCUGCUGCAAAUAUGGAACCAGCACCUGCAUUCUCGCCCUGAAUACAUCUUCCACUCCACUUCUGACAUCCUCGCGGCCAAAUUCUCUCCAUUCCAUCCAAACCUCAUCGUCGGUGGCUCCUAUUCCGGACAGGUUCUGCUAUGGGACACCCGCUCUUCACGCGCAGGCGGAGGUGCUCCUGUGCAGAAGACCCCCCUGACCGGCUCAGGACACACCCACCCCGUUUACAGUAUUUCCAUUGUGGGAACGCAGAACGCCCAUAAUAUCUUGACAGCAUCUACUGAUGGUGUUGUCUGCGGCUGGACUGUUGAUAUGCUCUCUCAGCCACAAGAGUACUUGGAGCUGACAACACCUCCACCGUCCAAGACGGAAGACCUUGCACCGACCACUAUGGCGUUCCCCCAGUCCGACCCAACUUUCUUCCUCGUCGGUACAGAAGAAGGUGGCAUCUAUCCUUGCCAUCGAUAUGACCGGGCAGGUGCCAAAGCUGGAACGGACCACCGCCUGGCCUACCGUGGCCAUGCUGCUCCCGUUAUGUCUACAGCUUUCCACCCCUCACGUGGCCCUGUGGAUCUCGGUGAUCUGAUGCUCAGUUCCAGUCUGGACUGGAGCGUAAAGCUUUGGCGUGUUCGUCCGCCAGCGACAACUUCAUCCGCCACAUCGACUAUGGCAACCCCGCAAGUUGUUUCUCCGAUCCUCGACAUCAAUCGCGAAGAUGUUGUUUACGAUGCGCGCUGGUCCCCUCACCGACCUGGUGUCUUCUCCCUUGUGGAUGGAGCCGGCAACUUGGAGGUCUGGGAUCUCUACACUGACACAGAAGUACCUGCCGUCAAGACCACGCCCUCCAGGGGCCGUGGUGGCGUACUCACCAAAUCUCUCAACAAGGUGGCUUGGGAAGAGCGGGAAGGCAGACGCCUCGCGACCGGUGGUCUCGACGGCGUGGUCACUGUUUUCGAAGUUGGAAAAGACCUCGGCGGAACCGCAGAGGAAGUGCCGGCGGAAGAAUGGGCAGGAAUCAAGAGACUGGUUGGGCGAUUGGAACAGAGGGAUCGGGCGGCGUGAUUGCAAAAAAGAGAAGAGAACUAUUUUUCCUCCAAAUUUUCUGGGUUCUUGCAAGCAGUACAUUAAAUUAUACCCCGGUUCUGUGUGGUCCAGCCUUUUCCCCUUUCUUUUUUCCUUCGCCCUCUCUCUCUGUGUGUGUGUAUGGAUGUCAAAUCUAAAGAUUAAGAUUACGGGUCCUCUUGUACGUGCUUUUUAUUUGUCUUGUAUCGACUUGGUGUCUUUGGCUUUGUGCUCAGUGUUAGAAUAAUGAGAGAUGGAC